GACAAAGUCUGGCAAACUAUUCAAACCCUCACGGUUAUCGGUCAGUUUGACCUUCAAAGGCUCAGUAACCUUCAUUGGACGAUACCACUGAAACAUUGCCUCGACCAAUCACAUUGUUCAUAGUCCCUAUAUUUGCGUUAUGAUGUGCUUUAUACAUUUUGAAUAAAAUGCAAUCAAUGAGACGACUGAAGUUCUUUUUGCCAUAUUGUGUCAUAACACUGGGUAGUUCGUUUCCUUUUGGAUAUCACACUGGAGUGAUAAAUGCACCUGCUGACCUGAUCAAAAGCUUCAUAAAUACUACUCUGGCUGCUAGGUCAGUCACAUGUGAUGAACGUUGCGUCGAUUUGAUAUGGUCACUCUGUGUUACGUCCUUCCUCCUUGGGGGGUUUUUCGGAGGCUUGAUUGGUGGCGUUUUGGCUAACAAAUUGGGCCGAAAAAAAUCACUAUUCCUGCUUUCUAUCCCAACUGUAAUUGGGUCACUCCUGAUGAUGUUUUCGAAAAUGGCACAAUCUUUCGAAAUGAUUAUUGUUGGGAGACUUACAAUUGGGAUAGCUUGUGGUGCUCAUACAGUCGUUGGGCCCAUGUUUUUGUCAGAAAUAGCUCCUGUCAAUUUCCGCGGAGCUGCGGGAACUUUCAAUCAGUUUGUGAUUGUUUUCGCUAUAUUGUUGUCACAAGUGCUUGGUCUGCCUGAAGUAAUGGGGACAACUGAAUUAUGGCCAUAUCUACUUGCUUUAUGUACCGUUUCCAGUGUCAUACAUAUUUUACUUCUGUUCACUUGUCCUGAAAGUCCUACUUACUUAUACAUUAUUAAAGGUGAUCGUCGAAGGUCAGAAAAUGCAUUGGUUUAUCUUCGAGGGCAAGAUUGCGAUGUACAUGCUGAAUUAGAACUAUUAAAAAUGGAAACAGAACAGUCAUCUACACACAAAUCAAAUGUUUGCGACCUACUACGUAUUCCAUACUUGAGAUGGGGAUUGAUUGUAGCUUUGGUACCACAUAUUGGCCAACAGUUUUCCGGUAUAAAUGGAAUUCUUUACUACUUUGUAAGUUUAUUCAUAUCGAAUGGGUUAACAAAACAAGUUGCAAGCUAUGCAAAUCUUGGUACUGGAGUUACAAUUCUAAUCGGUGCAUUGGCAUCCAUAUUUAUUAUCGAUCGGAAAGGCAGACGUCCUUUAUUAAUGUUUGGAAUAUCAGUUUGCCUUUUCAGCCUCUUACUAUUCACUUUAACUUUGAUUAUUAAACAAGUGACUGAAAUCAAUAAGCUCACAAUUCUAUCUAUUGUAUUGACAUAUACGUUUUUAUUUGGAUUUUCAGUGAGUUUAGGUUCUAUUCCAUGGUUUUUGGUUUCUGAAUUGUUUACGCAAGAAAAUCGUGAUGCUGCUGUCUCUAUUGCUGUAGCAACCAACUGGUUAUGCAAUGCUAUUGUAGCGUUAAUAUUCCCUCAGUUGGUUAUCUACAUUAGCAUUUAUGCUUUUAUACCGUUUAUAUGUGUAUUGUUGGUUGUAUUAAUAUUUGUCGGAUUGUAUCUACCUGAAACGAAAGGAAAAACGCCAGCUUCCAUCGAAGCUUACUUUAUGCGUCGUUGUGGUUUCCGUGGGACAGAAGUACAUGAAAAUCCAACAUUUACAGAUAUAAUAGAUGAUACAAGUAAGUCUGUUUAAGCAUAAUUGUCAUCAGUUGUCAGAAAGGCGUGAGUCUUGUUUUUAUACUAGUUAGCACAGGCCAAUAAACAAUAUUCGCAAUAUUAGGGAAACUUGUACUCCCCAUAGUAUUCAAACCCACAUUUUCUAAUGUCACAAUCAAUGACGACAUUUGAGUUUGUGCCGAUCAUGUCAUUCAGAAGAACGAUGAAAGCUCCACGACCAAACCAUCCAGCUUAGAGAACAAAACUCCAUCAAAAUCAUCCUACAAAUCUCCACCAUCUGUGUCAAUACUUGCCCAUGUAUAUAUCAGAGCAAUUGGAGUUUUCGUAAAUAGAAGUGAUUGGAGUAUUUUAAGAGCAUUCUAAUGUUUCAUUCUACCUAAGAAUAACACUAUAUUAAUGAGGAUUAGUUUCAUCCAGCAAUCUUCGCUUUCCGGCAAAAUUCACAUUGUUAAUUCUUCAGUACUCAUUUAUAUGAAUUAAACCACACUGUUCUAGAAUUUCUCAUUGAUAUCCAUAAUUUAGCGUGUUUAUUAAUUUUUCUAAGCACGUUUAUCCAAGAUACUUCUAUUCUGUUGUGCAUUUGAAAAAUAUGUACGUUCUAAGAGAUAGAGCAACCGUAUAUGAUCAAUUUAAUCACGUGCUUAUGUUCUAAUAUAACUGAUAGUUAUUUUUUAGAGAUGAUGUAUCCUAAAUAUUCUGGUCUUAUUUCAUCUGAUGCUUUCAAUAUCUUUUCGUUGGACUUACACUAAUUAUGCAUCGAACCUACCAGAGAUCUAAUCCAAUUUUCAUGCAAAUCUCAUUGUUUCUACCUGCUGAGGUUAAAUAUUUUAAAAUCUCUCCAAAAUACCAUGUAAUCGUUAUUAUUUAUAUAAAACUUAUUACCUUUACUCAUCGAAUUGCACCGAUAAUAAAAAAAAUCUAUGAACUUUGUUUCUUUUAUGUGUACUCACCUAUUGGUUGCUUAUCGUACCAGAUUAUUACUUGUAUUCCAUGGUCAAUGGUCAAAGCACUUUAAAGUUUACCGUUUUUCAUGAUUUGGACAGUCAAAUCUCAAAUAAAUCAACAUUUCUUUUCCUGAUCUAGUCAACAAUCUCAAAUGUUUUUUCUGUCUUAAAAAUGUAUUAUGAUAACACAAGUAACGGUCAUGGGUUAUUUUUUAUCCAAAUAUUACUUUAUAGCUCGACGAUUUAUUAUUGUACAAACACUUAAAUUUCAUGGUUAAUAUUACGAACUGAUCUUAAUUAAUCACGUAAAACCAAGAAGCACUAAGUAGUUGUUUUGUCCAUGUAUGUGAAUCCUAGGGAGUGAGCUUCCACUAUCCCGCCAAACAUUGAAUGCAAGAUCUUAUACUUCAGACCAGUGAUCCAGCAUCCAAUCAAUUCACGAUAUUGCAGAACCAUCUCCCAUUGUCAUUGAUCAGUAACUAUCUCACACUCAACAUAGUUGACUUCCUCCAGUCAUGGUGUCCUCAAAAUCUCCGGUACGGCCGAGGGUGGGGAGAUUCCGCUCUCUCUCGAAAUGCUCUCACAUAACCAUGUGUAUCCAGUCACUACCAUGGAAGUCCUACUCACUGCCUUCUCGCGGCAUUACUGUUGUUUCCGAAAUUGAGAGGACGAAGAGCGAAUAUCCGGAGCUUUAACCUGGUUGGUGGACACGGAGGGUUGGAAAACAGCUAAGGGCAGCCAGACCAAAACAUGGCAUAAAUCCAUGAAGUCACCGACAAGUGGACUGAGCCUUGUUGGUAGGUGUAGACUACCUGGUUGGGAUCCGCGAUACCAUAACAACCGAUGGUUAGAGAUCUUGAAUGACGUGGUUUAAAAUCCUUUGCAAUGGUGCAUGUGCAUCCACUCUUUGUGUUCUCCCAAAUUCUAAUCUUCUGAAUUCUUCAUGUUCCUUUCCUUUCUCUCUUUCCAAACUUAUUUCACUGGAUUAUACUCGUUGAACAAUAUCUUCAAACCUUAAUGUUUCCGAUUACUGCUUAUACUCUUACUACCUCUACCACUAUGGUAUUUGAAUCGACAAUUGUAUCACUGUGCUAAUUUGGUAUGGCAACUUGAACUGAUGUACGUACGUACUAAGUUCUACGGUGUUGCCGACUGACUGAGGGUCCAUCUAGGGGGAUUGGAAAACCCUGAUUCCAAAUCAGUGGUGCACAUUGGCUCCAGGGUCCUGGUGGAACAAAGGGCGUACGAACCAAUCGUUGAUCACCGGCUACCAUGGGACUGCAUCUCCUUACGUUGCUCCACUGCCUUGUGGAUUAGAUCUUUACGUCGAAGGCUCCGGGUGUGGCCCCCUAAGAAAAUCACUUACUUCGGUCUGGGCACCUGCGCAGUAUCAUAACCUACACACAAAUCAAUUGAGAUUUGUGUGGCGCAUAUGUAUUCGGUGCUCCUUUGUACCAAUAUUUAUGUGUUCAAAUAAAUAAAUAAAUUUCCGACUAGAACUGUGAGAAUUGCCUAACGAAAUUAGUCACCAGUGAGCACCUGAUUAAUAUUACGAUGUAGGGAGUUUGUGGAGAUUAUCCAAUGUGAUAGUUAACAUCACAAACUGAUUUUAGUUAAACAACUACUCAGAUUCCAAGUUAUCUGUUCCGUAUUCUCAAUAAGGUUUAUUUGCCAGUGGAAUAACUAAAUAUCUAAGUUUGUUUAUUCUACACCUUGUAUAAUAUGUCUUCAGGAUGUUAUUGUUAUCAUUAAUCUGUUCAUUCAUUUAUAUCUCAAUCAUUUCUUUUUUGUGAUUUUCAACCAUUGAUUCACAAGUUCCUACUCCGUGUUCUUCAUUCUACUUUAGUUUAGGACAUUUACAUAGUAUCUUUACUCAGCUAGCUCUCAUACAAAUCAUGUACUUAAAAGCUCUGACUUCAUGGGGAUUGUAUUUGGUUAUCGUGUACAGUCGUAUUACCUUUUUUUAUCAAUAUCUUCAAAAAAUAAUGGUGAAUUGAAGUGUAUAAUUAUUGGAUUUAAAUGUCACUACUCUACUGUUCUCGAUUAAAAUCUCAUAGUUUUCCAGUAAAAUACUUAUCGAUUCGUGAAAUUCUUGUGCUUUUUUAUGUAUUUUUUCAGCACAAUCUUAGUUUGGUAACGGUGGCACUGGUGACUUGGUUCACAAUUCACAUUGACAAGAAUAUAUAUAUAUAUAUAUAUAUA